AUGGAUAUAAAUGUGACAAAUUAUUCUGGAGAGACUCCCCUGCACAAGGCUGCCGAGCGCGGCCAUCGCAAAAUGGUGGACUUCCUGGUCCAAAGCGGGGCAGUUGUUGACCUGCAGGACGACUAUGGGCGAACUGCUCUGCAUAGGGCAGUAUCUUCCAAAGGCCAUGCAAUGAGACUACUUGUGAACAGGAAAGCAGACGUCUUUGCUAGGGACAUGUUCGGACAGACCGCGCUUCAUAUGGCGGCCAAGGCCGGGCUUAGGAACGACGUGUAUUUCCUUCUUGGCCACGGUGCCUCAGCAGAUGAUAAAGACGAUAGUGGACAGACAGCACGAGACCUAGCCGCUAAAGCAGGAGAGACCGAGGUGGUAAAACUUCUGAACUCUAUGACCGUGUCAGAUUCCGAUUGA